AUGACCGUCCAGCUCUACGUCGACAAGCCCGUCGCAAAGUCAAAAGAUCUCUACAGUGACUAUGAUCAUGACGACAACGACCAGCAAUAUGAACAAAGUGCAGAUACAUCACCCUUCGGACAUCCUUUCGCUGGAUAUUUCCUCCCGUACCCCGAUGCAAAGUAUGAAGGCCUCGUAUCGACAAUCUCCGAUGAUCCGCCCAUGUUGAACUGGAUCUACAUCGACAAGCACACGUACGAAGUCAAGUAUGGUCUGCGGGUGGACGCUCAACCCAAUAUGACAGGGCCGUGGGACUGCACAAGGCAAGAUCGCCGAAUGACUCUGGACGGAUGGGAAGGUUUUGUGGUCGUGGAGGAAGAGCGCGGGUUAUGGGCGCUAUAUUUCGAUUGCGACGAUGACGGCCUGCGAGCAAAGGUUCCUCAGGGAACGAGAAUAUUGGAAGUCGAGUUGUGGAGGAGGGAGAAGAGAUGGAAAAAGGACCUGGUUCUGCGACAGCAAGAACAGGCAAGACAAACCACUUGA